CAGAGCAGGUGAACGCUAGGAAAGAUCAGGAGCCGCCUGGGCAGCCUCAGCCCUGUCCCACCAGACCCCUGCUCUCCAGACAUGGCCCCAGGACCCUUUGAUCCCUAGCCCUGUGAUCCUUCAGGGGUACAGGCAGACUAAGCGCCACCACCCCAGGGCCCAUGCCAUGCCCCUGACUCGGGCACAGCCGGCCGCUGGCACAGAGGACAUGGAAACGGUGGCCCCGGCUGUGGACCUGGUGCUGGGCGCCUCAGCCUGUUGCCUGGCCUGCAUCUUCACCAACCCCCUGGAGGUGGUGAAGACACGGCUGCAGCUGCAGGGGGAGCUACAGGCCCCAGGCACCUACCACCGGCCGUACCGGGGCUUGGUGGCUUCAGUAGCUGCUGUGGCCAGAGCAGAUGGACUGUGCGGCUUGCAGAAGGGGCUGGCUGCCAGCCUCCUCUACCAGGGCCUCAUGAACAGCGUCCGCUUCUACUGCUACAGUCUGGCCUGCCAGGGUGGCCUCACGCAGCAGCCAGGUGGCACCGUGGUGGCAGGGGCUGUGGCUGGGGCACUGGGAGCCUUCGUGGGGAGUCCUGCAUACCUGGUCAAAACGCAGCUGCAGGCUCAGACGGUGGCCGCGAUGGCCGUUGGGCACCAGCACCACCACCAGAGCGUCCUGGGAGCCAUGGAGACCAUCUGGAGGCAGCAGGGCCUGGCAGGGCUGUGGCGGGGCGUAGGUGGGGCCGUGCCCCGAGUCAUGGUUGGCUCGGCCGCCCAGCUGGCCACCUUCGCCUCUGCCAAGGCCUGGGUGCAGGAGCAGCAGUGGCUCCCAGAGGACAGCUGGCUGGUGGCCUUGGCCGGAGGCAUGAUCAGCAGUGUAGCUGUGGUUGCGGUCAUGACUCCCUUCGAUGUGGUCAGCACUCGGCUAUACAAUCAGCCCGUGGAUGGAGCAGGCAGGGGCCAGCUGUACGCGGGCCUCGCUGACUGCCUGGUGAAGAUCUGGCGGCAGGAGGGCCCUCGGGCGCUCUACAAGGGCCUGGGCCCCGCCUACCUGCGCCUGGGCCCCCACACCAUCCUCAGCAUGCUCUUCUGGGAUGAGCUCCGGAAACUGGCCAGACGGGGCCGGCGCCAGGGCACCUAAGCGGUGCUCUCGCCUCUGCGUCCUGACACAGCCCGUCACCCCGCCCCGGCUGGGAAUGGCCGUCUCAGAGCCAGCCACAGGCCCAGGCCCAGGCCCUGCCACAGGUCUGGGGAGAGCGUGCGUGCACAGCUGUGGUCGACCCAGCCCCGUGACCCACCGCCCGCUCCGAAUCACCACCCACUCUGCUCUCCAGAAAGUUCUCUUCCUUCCCUCCUCUGUUUGGGGUUGCCUUGUCCCAGAGCCUUGCUCAUGAUUACAACCACCGUUCUGGAACAUCACCGUGAGCCAGGUCACUUACCUGCACCAGCAGGCUCUUCCCAAAACAACAGUGCGAGGGGAUAAAACCCUCUUUUGGUGACGAGGAAGCCAAGGUGCAGAGGGUGCUGUGCUUUGGUCAAAGCCACCAGUGGACCUCAGCCCUGCCCAGCCCAGACCUGUGCCCUUGGCAAGGACCAGGACCCCGGGGGCUGGCGUGUCCCUGAGAGGUCACUGCGUAUAGGAGGAGACCCGGGGUGCACCGUGAGGCGUGUCAUCCGUCUGUGGUGGCCGGCCGCAGCUGCCAUAACGCCGUGCCUCAGACUAGGCGGUUGUAACAACAGAAAGGUAUUUUCUCACAAUUCUGGAAGCCGGAUGUCCAAGAUUAAGGGGUCAGCAGGGUCGGUUUCUUCUGAGGCCUCUCCCCUUGGCUUGUAGACGGCCAGCUUCUCUGUGUCCUUCCUUCUGUGUGUGCCUGUGCCCUGAUCCCCUCUUAUAAGGACACCAGUCAUAUUGGAUUAGGGCCCAUCCUGGUGACCUCACAUUCAUUUAAUUCGCUCUUUAAGGACCCAGCUCCAACCAAGUUGCAUUCUGAGGCACUGGGCUCUCGGACUUCAUUAUAUGAAUGGAGGGUCAGGGAAUGCCAUUCAGCCUAUCACACCAACGAAGGGCUUUUGCUGAGGCCUUGCUUGGCGCUGAGCACUGUGGGCGUUUGCACAGAUCCUCACAACAACCCUGAAAGGGAACCUUCGAGGUGCCCGUUGAUCCCAUGAGGAGACCAAGGCCAGGGCAGGGAGGUGACUUGCCCAAGGUGAGUGGCAGAGCUAGGUAUCCUCCACCCGGCCCUUCCCCAAGCUGCAGCCACGCUCCCCACAUGGGUGCGUCCCUUUGUGCUACAGAGGUGGACACCCAAGUCCCUGGACGGGGCAGGGCUGGCCCAGGUCAAGCAGCCUGAACCACCUCCCCUGCCAACGCCCCAUGUCUUAGAAAAGCUGCCCCCCUCCCCAGGGCACUCCUACCAACACUCCAAACUAAUAAAGUUUUCUAUUUUGUUUACUUCAACGAGCCCCCUUGUGCCGGUAGUCUGUCUCCCCGCCCUGAACCGCCCCCUUGGCUCGCUACCUCAGUCUCCCCUCCCACCAUGAAGCCACCUGGGCUACUUCGGUCUGGGAAAGGAGGAUCCAGAAGGACUGGGCUGUGCGCCCCACCCCGGCUGGCCCAGGGGAGGCCUGCCCCCUAGUGGACAC